GGGAGGGGGGAGGAGCUGAGAUCGCUAAGGGGCGGGGCGGAAAGCGGUGACCGAGAAGAGAGCAGAAGCCCCGCCCCCCGCCUCGACCCUCCCACUCGGUGGAUUUCCGCUUCCUUCCGGCUGUCUCGCUUCGCCCUGGCAGGAUCGGCGCUGGAUCCCUCGGGAGAGGCUUCUGGAUCCCGUUCCGGGCAGGUCUGGCUGCUCCCCCUCCGGCCUUUGGGGCGCCCCUCCCGCCAGGAGAGCUUGUCCCCCCCGCCAGGAGAAAGCAGGAAAACAACUCUGACCAAAGAUUCACCUAGAAGUCACCUUUUAAGAGAUAACAGAAAAUCAGCCCAAGGCAGCCAGUGCCAGAAAGAUUGGAGCCUGGGAAACUCUUGGAUCCCCUGUGAGACACAAGCAGCAGAAAACCACAAAAGAACCCAUGAAUGCUCAGAGUGUGGGAAAUCCUUUGCUCGCAGGUCCCUCCUUUUGCCUGACAGGAAGUUCCAUGUGGGAAGCGGAUCCAGUGAAGGUUUGCAGGGUGAGAAAUUCUUCUCUGGAAAAGACAUGAAAAAUUUCAGAAGCCCCCCCAGACUAAAACCCUAUAAAUGUGAGGAAUGUGACUUAUGCUUUGGUCGAAGGUCACACCUUCUUAGACAUCAGAAAAUCCACACUGGAGAGAAACCCUAUCAGUGUCUGGAAUGUGGGAAUUUUUUCAGUGAAAAAGUCAUCCUCAGAAAGCACGAGAGAAUUCACACAGGGGAGAAACCUUACAAGUGUUGGGAAUGUGGGAGGAGCUUUUCUUGGAAGGCAAGUCUUUGGGCCCAUGAGAAGGUUCAUGCAGGAAUAAAAUCGUACAAAUGCUUUGAGUGUGGAAAAGGUUUCACCCGGAGUUCAGGUCUUUGGACUCAUGCGAAAACACACAGAGGGGAAAAAAACGAAAAGUGCCUCGAAUGUGGGAAAUGUUUUAUGUGGAAAUCAGGCCUGGUGCGACAUCAGAGAAUUCACACCGGAGAGAGACCCUAUGAAUGCCCAGAAUGUGAGAAACGAUUUAUGUGUCCUUCUGCAUUUGGGAAGCACCAGAAGAGGCACAAAGGGGAGAAACCCUAUGAAUGUGGGAAAUGUGGGAAAAGUUUUCUUACACAAACAGGUAUUCAGGGUCAUGAGAGAAUCCACACAGGGGAAAAACCAUACAAAUGUGAGGAGUGUGGGAAAUGCUUUACCCGAAAAGAAAGCCUGGGAAGGCAUCAGAGGCUCCACACAGGAGAGAAGCCAUACAGAUGCCUAGAAUGUGGGAAAUGUUUUGCUGAAUGGGGAACCCUUUGGUCACAUCAUAAAACCCACACAGGGGAGAAGCCGUACAAAUGCCUAGAAUGUGGAAAAUGUUUUGCUCAAAAGGGAAACCUGUGGACACAUCAUAAAACCCACACAGGGGAGAAGCCAUAUCAAUGCAUCGAAUGUGGAAAAUUUUAUUCUACCGCAUCAUACCUUAGAAGUCAUGUAAAAACUCACACAGGGGAAAGAAAUUACAAAUGUUUAGACUGUGGGAGAGCAUUUGCUCAUUCACAUUCCCUUAAAAAUCACAGCCGAAUCCAUACAGGAGAGAAGCCCCAUAAAUGCUCGGAGUGCGAUAAAUGUUUUUCUCGGAAAGAUAAUCUUGUGAUGCAUCAGAGAACCCACACUGUAGAGAAACCAUACAAAUGCCUGGAGUGUGGGAAAUGUUUUGCCCGAAUGUCAUCACUUAGGCACACCAGAAGUCACACAAGGGAGUCGCCUUACAAGUGUGUAGAAUGUGAGAAAACUUUUCAUUGUAAAUCUCAGCUAAAAAUGUAUCAGAAAGUCCAUGGUAGAGAGAAACUCCUUCAGUUGUGAAGAAUGUGGAAAACAUUUUUUUAAAUGUCACAGCUUAUAAUUCACCAGGAACUUCACACAGUCCCAGAUGGGAAAUCCUACAGUUUUUUGGUGUGGGGAAACCUUCACAAUGAGGAAACUAGUGUCGCGAGUGCAUCAUAAGGUCCAUAGCAGAGAUAAAUCUCUUCAAUUGUGAAGAAUGUGAAAAACAUUUUUUUUUCAAAAGACACACCUGACUGUUCUCAAGAAUCUUUAGACAAUGGGUUAUAAGAGUUGGGAGUAUAUAUAAUGUUUUGCAGUGUACAGGAACUCUUUGACUGAUGACCAAAACGGGGAAUGCAUUUCUGGUUGUAAGUUGUUACAGUCAUAAGUCAAAGCACCCAGAUGUUUUUGUUAUUUUUUACUAGUCCUUUGUUGAUCAAUAAGGAGAACUGAAGAUUUAGGGAUGAAAAAAUGGGUUUGAGAUGUAGAAGGAAGAUGCAGGAAAAUAGGAGUUUCUUUUCCUAUUAUGUUGUUUUUGUUUUUUUAAAAAUUCAGAUUGUAUUUGUCAUAUAUACACCCACAUACCGUAUCGUUACACAUACUUUUAUUGUUUCUAUGUUGAAUCUGCAAUUAUAAUCAUUAAUAUUAUUGUUCAAAAUAAUCAAGAGGACUGUUUUCAGGGCUUGGAUGGGAGUUAAAAAAAAACACUUCAAGAUGGCAGUCAAAUUGCCCAAUACUGUGCAGUCAAAGUCCCGCUUCUUUUUAGCUGUGCAUGGGAUGCCCUUUAAAACAGCUGCCAUCUUUAUUCUUUAUUCUUUUGACUCCAUCUUCUCUAGUUGGACAAUUCUGACUUCCAGGGUUGAGCUGAAAGAGGCAGCUUUUGGAUGCACUUUAGGAAAAAGGUCUUGGUGAUUUGGAGGGAUCCCUGAUCUUAAAGGCAGAUCGUUGGUGGCUACCUACGUGUGCCUGACACACUCGUGAUUACUUGAACCACAUCUUGGGACACAUAGGUGACAGGAAGUGUGAUUUUUAAUUAUGUAAUCUGUUUGGUAUGAACCAGGUUGAUACCAGGUUGCGUUUCACGCAACCCAAAAUUCAAUCAGUGUGUGAGGCUAGUGUGUAGUUAACUUUAAAGUAUUCAUAAUGGAGGAUCACAUAGGCACUACACCAGUGACUAUUACAGACCACUCUGAGUCCUGAAGAUAUCAGAAUUAAAAAUUCUCAAAGCAGG